GUACAUUCUUCUCUAGGAGACCAAAUAUGCCUCAAAGAAGCAUUGGUAAUCCUCCCCCGCACGGGCCUAAUAACCAGUUCCGCGCUCGAGUCGACGCGCGCCGGCGGGCUGCAGAAGCAGGUAUGUCGGCUGUCCUGCAGCGCGUCGAGCGGCUGUCCAGUCGGGUGGUGCGCGUCCUGGGCUGUAACCCGGGACCCAUGACCCUGCAGGGCACCAACACCUACUUGGUAGGGAUCGGCACCAGGAGAAUCCUCAUUGACACUGGAGAACCAGCAAUUCCAGAAUAUAUCAGCUGUUUAAAGCAGGCUCUGACUGAAUUUAACGCAACAAUCCAGGAAAUCAUAGUGACUCAUUGGCACCAUGAUCAUACUGGGGGCAUAGGAGAUAUUUGUAAAAGCAUCAGUAAUGACACUGCAUAUUGCAUUAAAAAACUCCCACGGAAUCCUCCGAGAGAAGAAAUUAUAGGCGAUGGAAAGCAACAGUAUGUUUAUCUGGAAGAUGGAGAUGUGAUUAAAACUGAAGGUGCCACUCUCAGAGUUAUACAUACACCUGGCCACACUGAUGAUCAUAUCGCUCUACUUUUAGAAGAGGAGAAUGCGAUCUUUUCUGGAGAUUGCAUCCUAGGGGAAGGAACAACUAUAUUUGAAGACCUCUAUGAUUAUAUGAACUCCCUAAAAAAGCUAUUGAAAGUCAAAGCUGAUAUUAUAUAUCCAGGACAUGGCCCAGUAAUUCAUAACGCUGAAGCUAAAAUUCUAGAAUACAUUUCUCACAGAAAUAUCUGAGAACAGCAAAUUCUUACAUUGUUUCGUGAUAAUUUUGAAAAAUCAUUUACAGCAAUGGAGGUUGUAAAAAACAUUUACAAGACUAUUCCUGAGCAUUUAUAUAAAAUGGCUGAACAUAAUGUCUUGCUUCACUUGAAAAAAUUAAAAAAAGAAGGAAAAAUAUUUAGCAACACGGAUCCUGAGAAGAAAUGGAAAGCUAAUCUUUAGUUUCAGAUUAAUGAAAGCUUUUGUUGGCUUGUUUUAUUUUUAGAGAAUGGUAUGUUUUCUUAACUAUAAUUAUUUACAGGGAAUAUAGAGUAUAGAACAUUGAAAAUAAUCCUAAAUAUACUUUAAAAUAAUGUCUUAUUUCAUCUAAAAUAUAUAUUACACUUUACAUGUAUAAUAUAGGUCGCUUAUCUAAUCUGAAUGGUAUAACAUUUUACCAAAAAUUCAGAAUCCAACAGUUUAUCCAUGUUCAACAGAUUUAUGGUUACUUUAAAAAGAA